GCUUCCAGUCAGUCCUGUUGUAGGACGAGAGCAUGUUUUGGGAUCAGCGCUGAUUCUCCGCGUAUCGUUUAUGUUACAUUGUUUAAAUGUGACACGUAUAAGAGAACAAUAACCGGUAGUUAGCGUCAACUAACAGUAACACAAUAACAGUCCUCGCUAGCUUUUGCUAGCAAGUGUAUGGAGUAGUGCAGAUUUGACAUUUAAAGGUGGUUCGAAAACACACAAACAAUAUGUGACAAUCUGGUUUGAAACGUCUAACAAGGAGCUGGAGGCCUUUGUAGCUUGUUUAUAUAACAAAGAAAGUAGCUAAACUAUUCUCGGUUGGUUUAAGGCUUUUUUUUUUUUGAUCUGUUUACUCGUCAUUAUGUCCGAAGUCAUACACUCAUUUCAGUCACAGCUGUCUGGGGUCAUGGAGACCGUUUUUAAAGCUGCCAUAUUUGAGAUCACCCGUCUCGUGGAGGACAGUUUCGUGAAGGAAGUGUCCCGCAGUCGAGAGCAGGUAGAGACUCUGAAGAAGAGGCUCCAGUGGAGCGAGACCAGACGGAAAAAUCAAGAGACGAGUGUGAGGAGUCUGAGGUGUGCAGUGUGUGACAAAGCCCGUGUGUGUAACGAGGACAAAGAAGAAAUGUCACCACAAUCAGAAAAGGAACGCGGCCUCAAACAGGAGAAAGUUCCGGAUGGGAACUGGGGAAGCUGUGAGUUGGAGUCUGACACACUUUUGGGAAAAGAGAGAUUAGAAGACCAAACCAGCACCAGUAAUACAGCAGAGUCUGCAAGCACAGAGGUCAGGAAACUGAACUGUGUAUUAAAAGAGGAGACCCUUUAUGUCAAUAAAGAGCUUCAGGAUGGGUGGACGUUGGAUACUGAAGGAGCUGAGACGUCAGAUUUCUCAGCUCACAGUUACAGUGAGCAGGAGCUGCAGCAGAUUCAGGAAGAAUGGAGCUCUGGGCUUGAUCAGACCGCUGACAAUGAAGCUUAUGCAGAUAUUGCAGACGUCCAGGGCCUGACGUACCGAACACUUUAUGAUGCAGAAGAGCUAGCAAGCUACAGUGUGCAUGAACUGGACAUGGGAGACCUUGACGGUCUCGGAGAAAGAACUGAAGACAUGUUGGGUAAUUCAGUGUCGGUUGCAGUUGGGCUUGAUCAAAACGACCUGGACCAAGAAGGUGGGAGACGUCACAGCCCUUCCAUUAAGAGUAAGAGAGGAAACAGAGAAUCUUUACCUGUGCACGUCAGCCCAGAGACAGAAGACGUGGAUAGAGACAUGCACUGUUUAUUUAUUAAUGCAGAUGGCCACUUGCAAAACAUAAAUUCCUUCACAGAAAUUCGAAGUGGGGUUGCAGGAGGUACUGGACAUAGAGGACGCUCACUGUAUGUUGGGGACACAGCUAGUGAUGCAGUUUAUAAGGGACAUGCAUUGAAUCACUCUCUGAAACCUAAUGUUGGACAAGCAUUAGGAGACAGCAGGGCUUCUGCAAAAGCCUUCCCAGUUCCCCACCGAGUCGGGUCAAGUGCUGCUUACACAUGUAACCAGUGCGGUAAGAAGUUCACUCAGGCCUGCAACCUUAAAGUGCACCAGCGUGUCCACCAGCGGGACGGUCUCCACUUGUGCAGCCACUGUGGGAAAGGAUAUUCGUCCUUCAGUGACCUGCGAAGGCACCGAUGCAGUCAGACUGUAGACAAGCCCUAUACCUGUACGCUGUGUGGGAACAAAUUCUGCCGACUGUGGAAUCUCAAGCUGCAUCAGCGUAUUCACACACAGGAGAAACCACACAAGUGCACUAUGUGCAGUAAGAGCUUUACCCGGGCCGACAUCUUGAAAGUCCAUCAACGUACCCAUACAGGAGAAAGACCGUACUGCUGCGGUAUCUGUGGACUGAGCUUCAAACGACUGGAUCAUCUCAGGUCACAUCAGCGCAAACAUAGUGCUGACCAGGACAAUCCAUAAGAAAAAAAAUUCACCAAACAACCUUUCAGAGUUGUUUUGACUUAAACUGCUAGAAGGUCAUAAAUCACAAAUUGUUGGAGGGCCAUAAAUCCAGGUGUUUUCCAUAAUAAAUCAUAACAUUGUUGCUGUAGAA